AUGUCUUUGUCAUUUGAUGUUAAAAGUGCAAAUAACAAGUUCGAAUGUCUGAAACAACAAGCUAUAGAGACUUGCUUCCUUAGACGUUGGUCGAGUUUGAUUCACUUCAUGGCUCUAUCAUCAGUUCUUCAAUUUUCAAUUUUUGCUGUUUAUCCCGAUGUUAGCCCAGCUGUUCGCGCUUUAUGCCACGGUUUAAUUAAACCUAGAGAAGUGACAGAGAAAAGUGAUACCUUGUACAUCAUGUUUACAAGAGAUAGUAUGAUAGACAACAAUAAAGGAACCUGCUUUCAGCCGAAUCACUUCUGCCCACUCAUUGCCGCUAAUACUUUGUCAGAGAAACCUUUACAAGGUCAAGGGUUUUCAUUCGACGAAAACGAUUUUCCCCCGCUUAUUCCACCACUUGCUUCGGCAUUGCCCAAUUUAUUAUCAUCACAUUCAAAGGCACAAUUCACUUCUUCUUUAACUUCUCAAAACCUAUCUAGAAGAAACGCAUUUAAAUCUUUCAAGAAAUUGAAACGACAAAGGAAAAUAGACACCAGUGACAUCGAUAGAAGCAUCUCUAGUCCAAAGAAACCUUUUAAUCCCACAUCUACAUUUUCCCAUAUUAAACCGAAUGGCAAUUUUUGUGAGAAAAAUGGAAAGUUUGCAAUUUCUUCUUCAAUAGAAACACCAGUUGACAAAAAAUGCAAAACACUUUCAGAAAACACAUGUGAAACUAGACCUAUAGACACAAUAAAGAAAUCUGAUGAAGAAUUAUUGUUCACUGCAUUACCCUGCUUUGGUACAUCACGUCCUUAUCCAUUAUUACCUACUGAAUGGUACGAAAAGAUAGGAAUGGAGAGGGAAAUUAAGAUGAAAGCGAGUAAGGCCGAUAAAUGCACUCCUUUCCAUGACAAAUGCCAGGAUAUAGAACAAAAUGCAAUCAUUAGCCCACCGUAUCCCUUACUUCCUGUUGAAUGGUAUACAAAAGUUGGAAAAAAGGUGGAAAAUGAGAAAAGUGAAAAGGAAGGCAAAGAUUAUGCUUCUAAGCCGACGAAGGAUCAGACUCAUGAUCAAUUCCCAUUUCCCUUGCUUAAGAAGACUUGGUACCAACGGCGUGGUAUGCUUGCCAGCGAAAAAUAUCGCACGAGAAAAAAGGAAUAUUAA